AUGCUGGCGGUGGGCGACACCAUCACCCUGGAGGACGUCAACGCCGUGGCUCGCAGCUUCCUCACCUUUGCCAGCGACUACGGGGCGGAGGGGGCCGUGCUGGAGCGCGCGGCGGGCGAGCCGGGGCUGUGGGCGGAGCCGGGGCCGUCAAGGGCGACCUCCAUCGUUGCGUGCAUCCCCGAAUUCAUGGACGCCUCUGGCGCGUCGGCGGCGCCGGGCGGCGGCGCGAUGUCGCGCGGCGCCAACCUGGGGGCGGGGGGCCACCUGGACGCAGACACCAUCGACCUGGCGGAGCUGGAGGCGCACAGCAAGGACCUGGAGGAGUUUGAGGUGCCCGAGGGCGCCAUGAGGUUUGAGCUGACGGCGGAGCAGAUCGCGGAGGCCCUGGCUGACCCGGCGCUGGAGGUGGAGCCCCUUGAGGACGUGGACAUGCCCGAGAGGCUGGUGUCGCCGGAGCGCCUCGAGGCGCUGCUGGCGGAGCAGCAGCCGCGCUACGUUCCGGUGGAGGACGCCCCCGGCGCGGCCGCGCUGCCACCCACCGACGCGGCGACGGGCAUCACGCAGCGGCGGCUGUCCAACGGCAUCCGCGUCAACUACAGGCGAGCCGGCAUGCUGCGCCUGGUGAUGGGCGGCGGCCGCGCCACAGAGCCGUCCGAGGCCGGCCCCGCGGGCGCCGGCUGCAUCGGUGUGGGCACGCGCGCGCUCAGCGAAAGCGGCACGGCGGGCGGCUGGAAGCGGCAGCAGAUGGAGGUUUUCUGCAUCUCCAACCUGGUCAACAGCGUGAUGGAGGCGGACGAGGAGUUUGUGGUGUUGGACGUGCACUUCGCGGUGACGGACGGCGGCAUGGAGGCCAUGUUUGAGAUGCUGCACGAGUUCCUCACUGCACCAAGGUGGGUGCGGGGCUGA